AAAAAAAAAAAAAAAGAAAAAAAGAAAAAAGAAAAAAAACAAACCAGGCUUUUCCACCAACCGCCCCGCUUCCCUCCCCCCCCGUGCGUUUGGGCGAAGUGGUAAAAACCUCCCUUACGUACUCCGUAAUGAUUGGCAGUGCUGACAGUGAUUGGCAGGGGCUGCCAUGGCAACGCCACAACGACACUCGGAAGACCAAUAGAAAAGCGAAACAAAAUGUUUCAGCGCUGCACUCACUGUGGAUUUAGGGGAGAUAUUAUGAGGCUGUUGUCAUUAGGGCGAUUGCUGUUGAAUCACUGAAUCCUGACUCGGCGGCGGCGCGGGGCCGGGUGCGUGUGAGUGCGCGUGUGUGUGCGUGUGUGUGCGCGCGUGAGCGAGCGCGGGUGCGUGCGAGUGAGUGUGAGCGCGUGUGUGUGCGUGUGUGUGUGUGUGUGUGUGUGUGUGUGUGUGCGAGCCCCCGUGCCUCUAUGUGGCUGUGUGUGCGUGUGCGGGUGUGGAUGCGUGCGCGGUGCGUGUGCCCUUUCCUCCCUUCUUCCUCCCUUUCUUUCUUUUCUCCUUGAUUCGUCUCCCCCUCUCCCCGGUCAUCCCAUGGUGUUCAGGUCCCCGCUAGAGCUUUAUCCCACCCAUUUCUUCUUGCCAAACUUCGCCGCCGACCCGCACCACCGCUCCCUCCUUCUCGCCAGCGGCGGCAGCGGCAGCGGCUCGGGCUGCAGCCCCGGUGCCGGCGGCGGUGGAGGCGGCAGCUCCCGGGCACCCCACGAAGAGUUGUCAAUGUUUCAGCUGCCCACACUCAACUUCUCCCCGGAGCAAGUGGCCAGCGUCUGCGAGACGCUGGAGGAGACUGGAGACAUAGAAAGGCUGGGGAGGUUCCUCUGGUCGCUGCCGGUGGCGCCGGGGGCAUGCGAGGCCAUCAACAAGCACGAGUCCAUCCUCCGCGCCCGGGCGGUGGUGGCCUUCCACACGGGCAACUUCCGAGAUCUCUACCACAUCCUGGAGAACCACAAAUUCACCAAGGAGUCCCACGGCAAGUUGCAGGCCAUGUGGCUCGAAGCGCACUACCAGGAGGCCGAGAAGCUAAGGGGUCGCCCGCUGGGGGCCGUUGAUAAAUACAGGGUGAGGAAGAAGUUUCCGCUGCCCAGGACCAUUUGGGAUGGCGAGCAGAAGACGCACUGCUUCAAGGAGAGGACUCGCAGCCUCCUGAGGGAGUGGUACCUGCAGGACCCUUACCCCAACCCCAGCAAGAAAAGGGAACUGGCUCAGGCCACGGGGCUCACCCCCACGCAAGUAGGCAACUGGUUCAAAAACCGAAGGCAAAGAGACAGAGCGGCGGCGGCUAAAAACAGGCUCCAGCACCAGGCGAUAGGACAGAGCGGCAUGCGGUCGCUGGCAGAGCCCGGCUGCCCGACCCACAGCUCGGCCGAGUCUCCGUCCACGGCUGCCAGCCCGACCACCAGCGUCUCCAGCCUGACAGAAAGAGCCGAGACGGGCACCUCCAUCCUCUCGGACAAGCACGAUUUCUCCUUUGCGCUUUUCCAUGGACGCAUUUCACCCACUUGCAUGAUGAUGAUGAUUAAAUUUGUAUCUGGGAAAAAAUAUUCUCUAUAGUCAAGGAAAAACAAACAGAAAACAGAAAAAAAAACCAAACGCAAACUCCCAUCGAAUUUGUACAAAAAUAAAAAAUGAAAAAAAAAAAAGAUUAAAAAGGAACUCCUUGAAGAGGGAAAUAACAAAUGUUUAUCGCCUUUUUGUUGGUCCUAUUUCUCUCUCUUUCUCUCCCCCUCUCCUUUUCUCUCUGUUUGUUAUUUUCUUUCUUUUUUUUUUUUCCAAGUCCAAGUGAUGGUCCAGCCAAGAUGCAAUUCUCUGUUAUUUCUUUUUUUUGUUCAGCAGACAAUCAUUUUAUUCGUAAGCACCUUUUUUCCUACACUUCUGUCACUGCCUGUGUGGUACUGGUUAUAAAUGUGAAAAAGAAUAGUUAUGACUGUAACAGAUUUUUAUUUUUAUUUCAAAAUUUUAUAUGAAUUAUGUAUAUCUUAAUGAUGCGGUCAUUUUCCCAGUUUGUAAUAUAUGUGUAGAAAUGCUUGUAUAUGAUAUUUGCGCUCCUCUUUCUUUCCUCCUUCCCCCCCCCCGCCCCCCCCCCCGCUCUGUCUAUCUCCCUCCCACCCUUUCUCCCUCUCUCCUUUUUAUUUUCCUUGACUCGGUGUUCCUUGCACAAACUUAGCUGUCAAGAGCUGACGUGCUAGGUUUUCAAAAGGGACCUCAGCGAUAGAAAAAAAAAAAAAAAAAGAAAGAAAAAAAAAACAAAAAAAGGAAAGAAAAGGAAAAAAAAAAAAGCUUAGGGUGCAACUGUAGUUAUCUUAUGCAAAAGCUAUUUUGAGUAUUUCAUAGCAGCUUUGGGGGGUCUCUUCUUAAACUCCACGUAGGACGCUUCAACUAUUGUUUCCUUAACUGCGUGUUUAUCUAUAUGUACAAACUUUCUAAAUCAAAUACAGUAUUCCAUUUUCUUAUCUA